ACCAUGAGUGAGGAUGCCAUUAGGAGCUUGGGGAAAGGCAGCCCGCCGCCGGGGCCCGUCCCGGAGGGCCUGAUCCGCAUCUACAGCAUGAGAUUCUGCCCCUACGCGCACCGGACGCGCCUCGUCCUCCGGGCCAAAGGCAUCCGACACGAAGUCGUCAACAUUAACCUAAGAAACAAGCCUGAAUGGUAUUAUACAAAACACCCUUUUGGCCAAAUUCCUGUGCUGGAGAACAGCAAAUGCCAGCUGAUCUAUGAAUCUGUCAUCGCCUGUGAAUACUUGGAUGAUGCUUUUCCUGGAAGGAAGCUGUACCCGUAUGAUCCUUAUGAGCGAGCUCGCCAAAAGAUGUUAUUGGAGCUGUUCUGUAAGGUCCCACAGUUGACCAAGGAGUGUCUGGUAGCAAUCCGAUAUGGGAGAGAGUGCACUGAUCUGAAGCUAGCCCUGCGUCAGGAAUUCUACAACCUUGAAGAGAUUCUUGGCUAUCAGAACACCAUUUUCUUUGGUGGAGACUGUGUGUCCAUGAUCGAUUACCUCUUUUGGCCCUGGUUUGAGCGCCUGGAUGUAUAUGGAAUAGCCGACUGUUUGAACAACACCCCCGCCCUCCGGCUCUGGAUAGCGGCCAUGAAACAGGACCCUGCUGUGUGUGCACUUCUCAUAGAUAAGAACAUUUUCCUGGGCUUCUUGAAUCUCUAUUUUCAGAACAACCCUGACGCCUUUGACUAUGGACUAAGCUGCUAA